UUCAUGUGGAAUAGAAAACAUGUCCUCUUAUUUACUUGUACUGCUUUGGUUUCAUUUACGUAGAGUGGAGUCACUAACAUGUUUACAGUGUACUUCGUACCAGCCUUAUUGUAACAAUUCUGUUACAUGUGGAGAAAAUGAGGUGUGCUACACCCAUACCACUAAUGUCAACUCUCGAAUACAAUAUGACAUGGGCUGCGCCAAACAAGAUUUUUGUCAGCAUUACAAUAACGACAACGACAUGAUCGUUGGAAAGAGAGACACGGAAACGGAAGCAAGGGACAAGAGAGACAGCCUGUGCCUCAAGUGCUGCUCUCAGAAUGUUUGCAAUGGAGAGAUUUGUUCUGAAACAACCAACACUGACCUACAAAUACGACUGAGAGAUGGACAAAACAGACACGAGGGAACUGUGGAGGUGUUUCACAACAACAGAUGGGGAUUUGUCUGCGACGAUACCUGGUCCCAAAGUGAAGCCGAAGUGGUCUGCCACAUGUUGGGUUAUCGAAGAUCUGGCGCCAGAGCGGUGACAAACAAUGGAUUUCACUCGAACCACUUUUACGACUAUCUACUUGACCAAGUCUUCUGUCCGGCAAAUGUGUCGACCUUAAACGACUGUUUCCAUAAUGCCUGGGGUCAACAUGACUGUGUACCUGGGGAGGAGGCGGGUGUCAUUUGUGCUUCCGGUGAAACAGACACAAUACAGUUACGUCUGAGAAAUGGUUCCAACAUCUACGAAGGUCUGUUGGAAGUGUUCUACAACGACACUUGGGGGUCAGUCUGCGAUGACUCCUGGUCAGAUCAGGACGCGCAAGUCGCUUGCUACAUGCUAGGAUACAAGAAGUCAGGAGCUAAAGCAGUUGGUGGUGGAUAUUUUCCCUCUGGUCAUUCAUUGCCAUUUAUGCUGGACGAUGUCAUGUGUUUGGGCAACGAAACUAGUUUGGCUGAUUGCUCACACAGAAACUGGAAAGAACACAACUGCCGCCCAAUGGAAGAGGCUGGAGUUAUUUGCAAUCCAGAUCCAGAAUUACCAGUUCGUCUUCGAAAUGGCAAAACAAUUUCUGAAGGCACUGUAGAAGUCUACUAUAACAAUACAUGGGGUCCAAUCUGUGGUCAGAGUUGGUCAAAUCAAAAUGCAGAAGUAGUUUGCUAUAUGUUGGGUUACCCAAGACUGACUGCUAUAGGAUAUACGAACACUACAUCCAACCAGACAUUAUCUUUCCUGCUUCAUGAAGUGAAUUGUUCAGGCUCAGAGUCAAGUGUACUUGAGUGUGGACACAGAGCUGUUGAACAGGACCUAUGUCUUGAUGGGAAAGUGGCAGGAGUUACUUGUAGUCCAGAGAAUAGAAAUGUACCCAUACGCUUAAGUGGUGGUGGCCAUGAAAAUGAAGGGGCUGUAGAAAUCAACUAUAAUGGAAUUUGGGGUAAAGUCUGUGAUGAUGGUUGGUCAAAUGAAGAUGCUCAAGUUGUCUGCCAUAUGUUAGGUUAUCAAGCGCACGGAUCAACUGCUGUCCAUGGGUCAAGAUUUGCAUCCAGCCCUAAUGUGCCUUUUAUUCUAGAUGAUGUUCGGUGUUCUGGUAAUGAACAGAAUCUACUCGAAUGCUACCACACACCAUGGGGACAACAUAACUGUGGUGAUGGUGAAGUAGCUGGAGUCAUUUGUCUACCUGUGCUAAUGGAAACAGGAAACAACUCAUUUGUACGCCUUGUCAAUGGACGCAAUAAGUAUGAAGGUCUUGUAGAAAUCUACCAUGAUCAAAGGUGGGGAACUGUUUGUGAUGCAGGCUGGAAUGACAGAAAUGCAAAAGUCAUUUGCCACAUGUUAGGAUUUUCAAGGUUUAGUGCUCAAGGUCUAAGAGGCUCUAGCCAUAUGUUUCCAUUGAUCCAGUCAUCUCCCUUCUGGCUUGAUCUUGUGGCAUGUGUGGGUAAUGAGACAAGUUUAAAUGAUUGUGGCCAUUCAGACUGGGUUGCAUCCCAUUGCCAACCAUCUCAACAAGCUGGUGUUAUUUGUAUGCCAGAGCUUUCCAAUAUAAGUGUUCGUCUGAUUAAUGGUACACAUACAUAUGAGGGAUCCGUGCAAGUUUUAUACAAUGGCACCUGGGGACUUAUCUGUGAUAAUGGCUGGUCGGAUGCUGAGGCCCAGGUAGUUUGUAGCAUGCUUGGAUAUGACAGAUCUGAAGCCAAAGCUAUAAAGCCAACAAGAUUUUUUUCUCACAUGCCUUAUUUUAUAGAUAAUAUAAAAUGUCAAGGCAAUGAAUCAAAUCUAUUAGGGUGUGACAUAUACGAAUUGGGAAAAGCCGUCUGUCCUGUAGGAGUACAGGCUGCAGUGAACUGUCGUGCUGGUAAGGUUUUAGUACGUUUGACUAAUGGCAAUAGCAGCCAUAGUGGCACCGUUGAAGUUUUCUACAAUGGCAGAUGGGGAACAAUCUGUGAUGACUACUGGACUGAUGCUGAUGCUCAGGUGGUUUGUCAUAUGAUAGGAUAUCAAAGAUAUGGUGCUAAAGCAGUCCGAUCUCCAGGGUUCCCCUAUGAUCCAAGUCAGAGUGUUUUAUUGGAUUAUGUGACAUGUCGUGGCAAUGAAACAAGUAUCCUAGAGUGCUCACAUCAGCCAUGGGGACCAGAUAACUGUCGUGCUAAUAAAAUUGCAGGCGUCAUUUGCAGUAUAGAAGAAAACAAAGAUGAUGUGCUCCUCCUGCUAGAUGCACAGUCAAAGUCUAUCUACAAAAUGUACCUCAGCACUCAAACAUACAUCACCCUUCCUUUGCCACUUUUAUACAUUCCUGGGAGUUUUGACUUUGAUCCUGGCUCUGACAGACUGUUUGUUUAUGAAAAGAGAUACAAUCAUAUACUGAACAUGAAAUCUGAUGGGACUGAUAUACGCAUUGUUAAACAACUAGAGCUAAAUACAGAAGUGUACAAUAUAAAAGCAGAUGUAGUCCACGGCAAGGUGUUCUACAGUGACACUGGUCUUGGAGUUAUUGCAUCAAUAAAUACUGAUGGGUCCAAUCACUUUUAUGUGGCGUCUAAUAUUUUAAGUCCUAGGAGCAUCGUUCUGGACCCAAGAUAUCAAAUUCUCUGCUGGACUGGCUGGGGAUUUCAUCCAGAGAUUGCAUGUUCCAGCUAUGAUGGAGCAAACAAAAGAACAUUAGUGGAUACAAACCUGAAAUCUCCCAAUUCUCUUGCUAUUGAUUAUAAUGAGAAUAGACUGUAUUUUGUUGAUAGUGGCAUGAAAACUAUUGAGUCAGUAGAUUUCCGAGGUAACAAUAGAAGAAUAAUCCUACAAGACAUGGAAUACCACUACCGUUCACUUGAUGUCUUUAAUGAUAUUAUAUUUUUUACAACUUGGGAGACUAAAACUGUGAUGCAAAUAAAAAAAGAUGGUUCUCAACAGACUGCAAUAGGCCCUUCCUUUUAUAAUAAGUUGUCGGAAAUCAAAGUUUACAGAUAUGGCAAAGAUUAUAUAGGUAACACCAUUAGUUUACCCUUAGAGUCAUACACUAAUAGAGCUUUUGUUCGGAUGUAUGCAACAAAAAACUUUUACAAUGGUGAAUUAGAAGUCUUUGACAAUGGUACCUGGGGAAGAGUCUGUAUCUGGAAUAAUCCUGAUGCCAAAGUAGCUUGUCACAUGUUGGGAUUUGACAGGAAUGUGGCAAUCAAAAUGAACCCCAAUGAGAAGUCAAGCAGCUAUGGAUGGAUCUCUACCAACUGUUCUGGCUCUGAAAGUCACAUCUCAGAUUGUGAAUUGCCUUCAAAUAACUGGGACUUUCUUUAUUGUUUUGGAUCUGGAGUCAAUUGUGAACCCCAGCACCAUGGAAACACUACACAUGAUCUUAAGCUAGACAACUUUCUGGUGUUUGGCGUUGAUGGGGGCCACUGGAUAAAAAUGGAUUUAAAUACAUACAGCUACACUUACACAACCAUGGAUUACACAGUGAUCUGUGAGGCUAUUGCUUUUGAUCCUAUGGCUCAGACUUUUUACUUUAGUGACUGGGAAUGGAGGCAGUCAUCUUCCAUGAUCAGAAGUGUGAGUAACUUAGGAACUACUUCUUCAUUGGUGGUGAGCUUAUUAAGAGGCAAUAUAACAGGAAUCUCUCUCGAUGUUAAAAGAGGUCUCCUUUUCUUUGCCGAUGCUGGGAAUAACACUAUCUGCUCAGUCCAUACAGAUGGUUCUAAUCUUCUAACUCUUUAUAAAGAUCUCCCUGACCUAAGAAGUAUAGCACUUGACACCAAUACCUUUGAAAUUUACUGGACAGCUUGGGGGUCACGCCCUGGAAUAUAUAAAGGACAGUAUCAAGGGGACACAUUGAUCAACACUGUAUUAGAUAUAGAUCUAAAGCGUCCUGACGGUCUUGCAUUGGAUUCUAUAGCCAAGAAAUUAUACUUCUAUGAUGCUGGCGCACACACUAUUGAAGUCAUCAACACUGCUGGAGCACCAAACAGAGUUGUCUUGUUCACAGACUAUAGCUCUCAGUUCACAGGUCUUACCAUCACGCCACAGUACAUUUUCUUCUCUGACUAUAACAAAGUAAAUAUCAUGCGUUUGAAUCGUGACGGAAGCAACCACAGACCUGUCGGAACCGGAGACUUUGCUAGAGUCAAAGGUCUUUAUGCUUACCAGAGUACAAGUCCCUAGUGCUACGUUUUACUUGUGAUUAAUAAUUAUCAAUUAAAACAUUGAAAGAUUAAUUGAAUAUUAAUUAAUUUUGAAACGAAACAUUGAUUGCAUGCAAAUAAACAAUUAAUCUUG